AUGUCUCGACGAAGCCAGCGCCUCACGCGCUACUCCUCCCAGGGUGAUGAUGAUGGCGGCAGCAGCAGCAGCGGAGGGAGCUCAGUGAUGGGGAGUCAGAGCACCCUGUUUAAGGACAGUCCUCUCAGGACCUUGAAGAGGAAAUCCAGCAACUCCAAGCGCCUCUCCCCAGCGCCGCAGCUGGGUCCCUCCUCGGACACACACACCUCCUACUACAGCGAGUCCAUGGUCAGAGAGUCCUACAUCGGCAGCCCACGGGCCGCUUCCAUCGCGGCCUCCCUCACCAGGAACUCCCUCCUCGACGACCCCUACUGGAGUGAGGACCUGCGGGUGAGGAGAAGGAGAGGCACGGGCGGCACCGACAGCAGCAAGGUCAACGGGCUCCCGGAGAACAAGCUCUCCGAGGACUUCCUUGGGUCCUCCUCGGGCUACUCCUCUGAGGAUGACUACGUAGGCUACUCGGAGACAGACCACAGGGGCUCAGGGUCACAGCUGCGGAAUGCUGUCUCCCGGGCGGGCUCUUUUCUCUGGAUGGUGGUCACCUCUCCAGGCCGGCUCUUCGGGCUCCUCUACUGGUGGAUCGGCACCACCUGGUACCGCCUGACCACAGCCGCCUCCCUCCUUGACGUCUUCGUUUUAACCAGACGCUUCUCAUCCCUGAAGACGUUCCUGUGGUUCCUCUUGCUGCUGCUGCUUCUGACUGGCCUGACCUAUGGAGCCUGGUACUUCUACCCCUUCGGGCUGCAGACGCUCCACCCCACUGUGGUCUCCUGGUGGGCCUCAAAGGGGAGCAGUGGGCAGCGUGAGGUGUGGGAGUCCAGAGACUCAUCCCCACAUUUCCAGGCCGAGCAGCGCAUUCUGUCCCAGGUACACUCGCUGGAGCGGCGCCUGGACACUCUUGCUGCUGAGUUCUCAUCCAGCUGGCAGAAGGAGGCCAUGCGGCUGGAGCGCCUGGAGCUGCAGCAGGGGGCUGGCGGGCAGGGAGGCGGAGGCGGCGGCCUGAGCCACGAGGACACUCUGGUGCUCCUGGAGGGGUUGGUGAGCCGCCGCGAGGCUGCCCUGAAGGAGGACCUCCGCAGGGACACUGCUGCUCGGAUCCAGGAAGAGCUGGUCACCCUGAGAGCAGAGCAUCAGCAGGACUCAGAAGACCUUUUCAAGAAGAUUGUCCAGGCCUCCCAGGAAUCUGAGGCUCGACUCCAGCAGCUGAAGUCAGAGUGGCAAAGGAUGACCCAGGAGUCCUUCAAGGAGAACGCCAUGAAGGAGCUGGGGCGGCUGGAGGGUCAGCUGGCAGGCCUGCGGCAGGAGCUGGCAGCCCUGACCCUGAAGCAGAGCUUGGUGGAGGACCAGGUGGGGCUGUUGCCCCAGCAGCUCCAGGCCGUGCGGGAUGACGUGGAGUCUCAGCUCCCUGCCUGGGUCAGUCAGUUCCUUCUUCGAGGUGGGGGAACCCGCACUGGGCUCAUUCAGCGAGAGGAGAUGGAAGCUCAGCUGCGGGAGCUGGAGAGCAAGAUCCUCGCCCACAUGGCUGAGAUGCAGGGCAAGUCGGCGAGGGAGGCCGUGGCCAGCCUGGGGCUGACGCUGCAGAGGGAAGGCGUGAUUGGGGUGACCGAGGAGCAGGUGCACCGUAUCGUAAACCAGGCUCUGAAGCGCUACAGCGAGGACCGCAUCGGGAUGGUGGACUACGCUCUGGAGUCGGGAGGGGCCAGUGUCAUCAGCACUCGAUGUUCGGAGACCUACGAGACCAAGACGGCCCUCCUCAGCCUCUUCGGCAUCCCCCUGUGGUACCACUCCCAGUCUCCCCGAGUCAUUCUCCAGCCAGAUGUGCACCCGGGCAACUGCUGGGCCUUCCAGGGGCCCCAGGGCUUUGCUGUGGUUCGCCUUUCUGCCCGCAUCCGCCCCAGUGCUGUCACCUUAGAGCACGUGCCCAAAUCCUUGUCGCCCAACAGCACCAUCUCCAGUGCCCCCAAGGACUUUGCCAUCUUUGGGUUCGACGAGGACCUGCAGCAGGAAGGGACGCUCCUUGGCCAGUUCACCUACGACCAGGACGGGGAGCCCAUUCAGACGUUUUAUUUUCAGGAUCCUAAAAUGGCCACGUACCAGGUGGUGGAGCUGCGCAUCCUGACUAACUGGGGCCACCCCGAGUACACCUGCAUCUACCGCUUCAGGGUGCAUGGGGAGCCCGCCCACUAG